AUGGCCGGUGGACCUGGGUUUUCGUCCUCAUCAAGGUGGCGCCCGCAGAAGAAUACUAAGCUAAUGAGUUUGUUCCGAGAUAUCGUCGUUCUGACCGGGACGAACCCAUUGAUUGCCCGAGUAUAUCCAAUGCUUGUCAGAAAGCAUCCACUGCUUGAACUGUCUGGGAAGAUCGGCCGGGGACUGCAGCUGCGCGAGUGGUUCAAUAUUAUAUCUGCUCUUAAGGCUUCGUAUUUCUCGACAUACCUUGGUGAAAUAUACGGCGUCAGCAGCAACCAACGAGCGAAGGAGAAUUAUAUCAGGGUAGGAGAGGACUACGAGCAAAGCGAGCCUAGCAAACUUAUGAAGCGAGCUGAAAGAAGUGACCAAAAUCACAAUUAUGAACCCAGUGGCAAAGCCAAUUUCCGACCGACCACCUCGAAUGUCAACGGGCCCAAUCAAAUGACAGGACAGAUGGUACAACAGCAGAUACCACUACCACAGAUGAGUCCUUCUAUAAACACAGGAUACCAUAGUAUGCCAGGUCACCAAUAUGGACAGCAUAUAUAUGGCCAACCAGCAGGAGUCUCAUUAAUGCAGAUGCCUCUCAAUUUUCAGGGGCAGGUCAUGCAGCAGCCACAACAAGAAUGGCCCGGAGGGCCCCUUGUGGCCCGACCACAGACUCAGUAUUCUCACUCGCAGCAGCAGCAACAACAGUACUCCCAGAAGCUUGGAUUUUAUUCUCAGAGUCCCAAGGAAAGCUCAGAUCCCACCGUUGGCAGCGAGACAAAUACUGGGAGCACGACACCUGGGUAG